AUGAAAGAUUGUUCAGCGAGUGUUGCUCCCAUCGUGAAGGCUGAUAAGUUCAAUUUGAACCAAUGCCCAAAGAACGAAUUUGAGAGGGAGCAAAUGAAAAGCAUUCCAUAUGCUUCUGUUGUUGGAAGCUUGAUGUAUGCUCAAGUCUGCACAAGACCUGACAUUGUAUUUGCAGUUGGAAUGUUGGGCAGCUAUCAAAGUAAUCCAGUUGCUUUGAAGACUCCGGCAAUCUCACUUGCUACGGAUUUCGUAGUUGGUGAUGAUGAUAGGUGGAAAUUAGGAAUUAAAUACGAAGAUUGGGCUAAAGGCAAGCAGUUCUUUGUUGGGGACACUCUUGUUUUUAAGUACAAUGCUACAGUUCACAAUGUGUACAAAGUGAAGGGAGAUAAUUUCAAAAGUUGCACUGUUCCAUCCAACAAUAGCUUGGGCUCUUUCACUGGAAAUGAUACAAUUAAGUUGGCAACCACCGGCAAUAAAUGGUACAUAUGCGGCGUCAACGGCCAUUGUGAUGGUGGGAUGAAGCUUAAGAUCACAGUGCUAGACGGUACUGCCCCAGCUCCAGCUCCUAGCGCUGCUUCAACUUUAUUAGCGACCAAUUUCCAAAUCUUUUUAGGAAUGAUUUUCACUAUUACUUCAAUUGUCAUAGUUUAUUAA